UACGAUAGUCUCCCCCAACCGCCGAAGGAAAAGGAAAAACAUCUUCUUUUUCGAACGAAUUAUAAUUUGUUUCUUUCGACUUUCUCGGAAAUUAAUCACUCUCAAAUUUCCCGGGAAAAUCCCGUGCUCAGCAAACAUUCGCAUAUGGCUUAGAUGGUAUGCUUGUACUGCAGAAUAUCUUCAAGGAGCUGUUUAACAGGCAAGAGGGUGGCUGGCUUUUCUCUAUUGUGACACCAUAAAUUUUUUCCAGGAGCAGUUUUCUUAAAGAGAGGAGAAGAGGACCCCUGAAGGGAAGGGCUGAUGAAUUCAUCUUGGACUAAAUAGAUCACUUAAGUGGUGUGAAAGCUCAAAUAAAGUCUAACAAAAAAAAAUUGAUAAAGCACGUUUGGUUCACUGACUCUUCAAAGUUAACUUCACCAUAUAGUCCAAGACCCGGAUUCAAUGGGAUGGAGGGGCAUUUUAUGCUCUUCCUUUUUCUUUUUAUCCAUGGUCGAGGCCUCCAGCAGAUUAGGAGAAAUGUGGUCACUUAACCUUGGUGCGGAAUCAGCAGCAGCCUUCAGCUGGCCAAUCCUCAGUGCUAGCAUAUUCGUAUUUGUUGCUCUUCUUCUCUCCAUGUACCUUAUCUUCGAGCAUUUAGCUGCUUAUAAUCAGCCAGAGGAGCAGAAGUUUCUGAUUGGUCUCAUUCUAAUGGUUCCUGUUUAUGCACUGGAAUCGUUUUUGUCGCUGUUGGACUCAAAUGCUGCCUUCAACUGCGAAGCAAUUCGGGACUGCUAUGAAGCUUUUGCAUUAUAUUGUUUCGAGCGAUACCUGAUAGCCUGCUUAGGUGGUGAGAAGAGGACAAUUGAGUUUAUGGAGAGUCAGAGCGUACUUGAUUCCAGUACACCUCUUUUGAAAGAUGCUUACGCUUAUGGAGUUGUAGAGCAUCCCUUCCCACUAAAUUGCCUCAUAGGUGACUGGCCUCUUGGUCCCACAUUCUACCAUGCUGUGAAAGUGGGCAUCGUUCAGUAUAUGAUACUGAAAUUGAUCUGCGCUUUGCUCGCAAUGAUUCUUGAGACUUUUGGUGUUUAUGGAGAAGGGAAAUUUGACUGGAGAUAUGGCUAUCCUUACUUGGCAGUUGUUCUUAAUUUUAGUCAGACGUGGGCCCUAUAUUGCCUUGUGCAGUUUUACUCUGUUAUUAAAGACAAAUUACAACCCAUUAAACCAUUAGCGAAGUUUCUGACUUUCAAGUCAAUUGUGUUCUUGACAUGGUGGCAAGGUAUCGCUGUUGCGUUUCUUUUCUCUAUGGGUGCCUUCAAAGGGUCUUUGGCUCAAGAGCUGAAAACUCGCAUACAAGACUAUAUCAUAUGCAUAGAGAUGGGUGUGGCUGCUGUGGUUCACCUUUAUGUCUUUCCAGCAGUACCUUACAAACGAGGAGAAAGAUGUGUGCGUAAUGUUGCUGUGAUGACUGACUAUGCAUCAUUGGGAGCACCUCCUGAUCCAGAGGAGGUACGUGAUUGUGAAAGAACAACCAGAGUGCAUCUGGCACGGCAUGAUGAGAGAGAAAAGCGCUUGAAUUUCCCCCAAAGUGUUCGUGAUGUGAUUUUUGGAAGCGGUGAAAUUAUUGUUGAUGACAUGAAGUAUACAGUUUCCCAUGUGGUAGAACCAGUCGAGAGAGGAUUUGCGAAGAUAAAUAAAACCUUGCAUCAGAUAUCUGAGAAUGUGAAACGGCACGAGGAGCAGAGGAAGAGCAUAAAGGAUGAUAGUUAUGUUAUCCCCUUGAAUUCAUGGAAUAGAGAAUUUUCUGAAGUUCGUGACAAUCUUGUUGAAGGGAGUAUCAGUGACAGUGGUUUGUCUAGUGGGAGGAGACAGCAGUCCCAGUCUAAAGCUUCAACAUCUCGGACUAGAGCAUGGAGAUGAUGUUAACAAAAGUAUAUGUAAGACCAUCACCGGAGCAACUUGUAAAUGGUGUCGUGAGUUCAACGUGAUUUUAGAAGACGUUGAUAUACAUCAGCUGGCCAGAAGAGCUGGUGGUUUAUGGAGCUAACUCGUCAACAAAAACAAAUAUUCAUGAAUUUUGGCAUUGAGAAGGAAUCUUCGUGAUCAAGAAAGGAUUGUUUUUUAUGUGCACAGUACAGAAUGGCGGAGCAAUGGACAGAGCUAAUACCACUUUGUCUAUGUGAA